AAAGCCCACGAGUUUUUAAAAUUGUUCUUGUUUAUUUUUUAACUGUCGCACUCACUUUUUUUGCCAAAUGACAGCGUGCGAAAAAACUUUUGGUAGAAAUUUAUUUAUUGUCUGUGUCUUUUUGUAUUCCACCUGCUCUUCGUCCUGCGCGUUGUCCACCCGUAAAACCUCCUCUACAAGCAUUCAACGUAUGACACGGUCCACGUGAUAGCUCGGGUUAGUUGGGGUCCUACGCCCUACCGUUGCAGAAAUUCUAAUGACCAAAAGUGCCUGGAGACAGAAAGAACUCACCCCUUAUGUCCCCAGGAGUGUUCUAAUGUAUACAAACGAAUUAUGAUGUGGGCAAAACACUGACGUUGCCCACCGUGUACUCCACGGCUGAGUGAGAGCAGGGACAAUGAUUUACGUAGCAUCUACCUUACUCUCUCCUCUUCCCAUACCUGGAUCCAGUGUCAAGACAGAAUCAAGAAAACCGGAGGCGGGUGAGGCGACAGGCGGCUGGCAUGAAGUAAACCUGCACCUAGGUGCAAUACCAAUUCCCCUAGUCAACAAUAAACAUGCAUAAAAAUAUUCAUUCUUUUGCUCAUUUGGUAGACAAUUACGUCUUCUUCCAAUCUUAUACUUCAAGGAUGGACAUAAUUGGGUUUUCAAAAACUUUUCCAAUUCCCAAAUAAUUUUAAACCCGACCUGCCGUCACACUUGGAUUCAGGGUUUCCAAUCUACAAGCCGUAUAUUUUCCGCGUACAGAAAACCACGCAUUUCUCUACGGUACUAAAGGGCGACCAUAUAGGGUUCAUAAAAUUUAGCAGUGGAUUUGAUCCAUAUUGUUAACUUUACAAGCCACAUUGGUAAACGCAGAGACAUGACGCUUAAUGAACGGCCAUUUCAUGGUAUUUUAAAGUCUCACAAUGAAAAACUUUUUCAAAACCGAACAGUGUCUAUCCUUCGAGUAUAAAAUUAAAGGAAAACCUAAUUUUCUACGGAAUGAGCAAAAAAGUGAAUAUUUUUAUGCAUGUUUUCCAUGAAAUAUAAUUGGACUUUUAGGGGCAUCGAAAAUCAAUGGGAAAAAAAUCAUGCUACAUAAGUAGUCAUUUUUUACAAAGUGUUGUUUUUGCAUGCAGACGGAAGGAAGUUCAUUCGAAAGCCGGAAUCCUGAGGUAACUGAAAUAUUAUAGCAUUAUUUUGUAGGGUGACUAGUUUUACAACCCUACUUUAUGUCUUCGAAACGGAAACGCAUUUCGGAAUUUCGGUUGACAUUUCAUGAGUUAGCCUACCUACUGCAGGUGUACCACCGAAUCCCCUGGUCAACAAUAAACACUUGACCAGGAUUUUAAACAACAACAGGUAUGGGGAGCGACACGGAUCUAAACUGGACGUGUCCCGACACCCCAAUGUUGACAUUAUUUAUGGGUGCACAUUCCCGAUAACGCCUGCCGGACUCCGAUCUAGCCGUCUGUGUUGGUCCAGCUCAUCGACCGCGUGGCCCCUUUGAGAGGCUAAGGCAGAACUCAGAGUACUGGUCUGGGCGUUUACUUUGCGAAGGCUGAGUAGAAUUCUUAAAAAAAGAGAGCAAUCACCUUUGACUGGUCAGUGACUACGAGAUGCUGAAUGUCAGUCAUAUACGUUAGGCAUAGCAUAGGCAUGAACUCACGUAAUGUGCGGUGCCGUGGUAGUCUGGUUAAUGUCCAACCGUAGGAUUGUCAACGAAAUCGACGCACGUAGCAUAGCAGUGACGAAAGUACUUGCCAGUGCAAUCACCUGAAUGCAACUGACUCCAUUAUUGCGCUUCCUGUGCAUUAGGAAAGGACUUCAUUGCACUGCCUGCGACUACGUUCGCCCCGAGUAUGACGCUGGCGCGAAAAACUUGCGUCACCUCGUUCAGUCCGACCCAGCCUCUUGUCGUUCCAGCCCAAUCAAGGCAAUUUGCUGGACACUUACUGGAGUUAAAAUGCAUCGGACCGAUGGGAUGAAAUAAGUGGCGAGACGGCAAAUCAUGACGAUUGACGAUACCCAACGACAUAUCACCCGUCAUAAGCGAUCAUGCCUGCCUUCCUGGAUCAUGCUCAUAACUUAGCGCAUAUCUGUAGUGAUGGGUAGUCUGGGCGAGUAUUUGCAUUGUGGGCUUCUUCCAGUAGGACAGAAAUAAAAAUUAGAUUGGAAUACGCAUAGCGUUGUUUGUGUAUGUCCUAGAUGAACGGCGUAUAGGUGUGUCGCAUCUAAAGGCAUGCUUUGGUAAAUGAUGGUUCGCUGGACGUGACAUUUUUGAGUAGUGCGUCCCGAUCCAGUUUUCAGGACUGUAGGAGAAUAAUUAAACGUUGCUCCCCUCCUUUCCCAUGUAAAUUUACGGACGCUUCAACUCCCUUAACAUAAUCGAAUGUCUUGCCCCCAGACAAGAAUGCAGUGAGACGAACAUUACUUAGGCGUUGUACGCAGUGUCUUAGGUCAGGCGACUAGACCCUCAGAAUCAUUUCGAGGAUUGGCUGUGUUAGUUUUUCCAUCGCGAACAACAGCCUAAAUUGCGUGUCUCACGGAUUGAGCACAAGACCAGCGAUUUGCAUGUGUAAUGUUGCGGGCUUGCGUAGAGUCUACCACACCCUCUCCUUACCUUACCCGCCUUGUCCAGACCACUGCAGGUUAUAUCGACCACAGUGACCAGCCAAGGCAAACAGCCCGUUUACACGACUCGAGCACGACCUGGUCAACCAACAUGCACCAAACUUACAUAAGGCCUCCAAGCCAAGACCCUUAGCGCGCUGUGAUAGAUUCAGGCGCCACACAUUUGCAAUAAUGAGCUGUGCUGAGUUAUCUCCUCUCUUGCUUAGUCAUGUCCUACAGCAUGGCUUUUGAGAACAUCCGGUGCACGGGAACUCGUGGUACGUAAAUGAGGAAGAAACUUGUGAAAGGACUUCGACAGCAGUAAUCCGACAGAAGUAUUGCUUGGUUUCGCGCAAGAGGAUAGGACUUUAUUGCAUUUUCCUGAACUGCUUUUUGUCGCCAAUUAAAGGCGUAAGGCACUUGUUUUGUCUCAAGCAGGGUUUCUUCCAAACAUAUUAAUUUCUAGACCUCUGCACAGGGAGGUGCUGCAUCUAGCGCUUUGAACAUACAACCGCUUCUGCCCCUGUUGAGAGCGCGCUCGGAAUUGGUGCAUCUCUUUGAGGACCUCUGUCAACGUCGCCCCACGGAUCUUCUGCCGAUUCUUCCCGAGCUCGUAGAGGUGCUGCUAGUCUGUGUGGAUCGCACUCGGUUGAAGGAACGUGGACUGGAUGUCACUUUCCCUGCCCUGCAGAGAUUCCGCAACGUGGAUAGUCAUACUAGGGCUCAAAAGAUCUGUGUCGGGGGCACCAACGGAUCCCUCACUUUCUUCGACUUCAAAACCGGCCGUUACUUCUCUACACAGGCACAUGAAGCUUCGGUCACCGCGGUCAAGUUCAGCUCCGACGGCCGCCAAAUGGCCUCCUACUCUCUCAACAAGAACAAACUACGUGUCUGGCAGAUAUCGUCAUGCCCACCUCCGUCGAGGCUUUUAAGCGCAAGUUGGACCAGUGUACCACUUUCCGUACCUGGGCAGCACGCUCUCCCGCAACACCAAGAUCGACGACGAAGUCGCCAACAGGAUCUCGAAAGCCAGUCAAGCCU